AUGGCGACCUCACUGGCCGCUGGCCAACGUCAGGAGUUUGCCCGUCCUACAAGCCGAGAUGACUUCCAAAUUGCGAUUGUCUGCGCCCUCCCUCUCGAAUACGACGCCAUUUCCUUGCUCAUCGACCAAGUUUGGGACGUCAAGGGUGACCAACACCCAUUUGGCCGAGCACCCGGCGACCCAAACACUUAUAGAAAUGGGCGGAUCUCGAGCUUCAACGUUGUCCUGGUCCUCCUCCCCAACAUGGGAAAGGUAGGAGCUGCCGGGGCGACGGCGAGUCUCCGAUCCAGCUACCCCAACCUUUCCCUGGUCCUCGUAGUCGGCAUUUGCGGCGGCAUGCCUUUCACCAAAGAAGAAAAGGAGGAGGAGAUACUUCUCGGCGAUGUCAUUAUCAGCAAUAUCCUGAUUCAGUACGACUUUGGGAGACAGCUAUCGGACCGGUUUCUUGUCAAAGACAGCAUCGAGGACAGCCUGGGCAGGCCCACCCAGCAUAUCCGUAGCAUGCUCCGGUUACUGGAGGUUGAAUCCAUUCGCGAUGGCGUUGAAGAUGACGCGGCUCAAUACCUCCAGAUGCUCCAGAGAAAGCACGACGGCCAUCCAAAACAGCGAAAGUUGGGCAAAUACAAGUAUCCAGGAGCACACAAGGACAAGCUGUUCGAUUGUUCAUAUGAACACAAACAUCAUGGCCCCUCCUCCUCCUCCUCCUCCUCCUCGGACUGCAGUCUUUGUGCCGCACAGGGGUCGUCUACCUGCGAGCGAUCCAUGGGACUGUCGUGCGAUGAUCUCCACUGUGAUCUCAGUCGUCUAGUUCAUAGGGAGAGACUGGCGGCCCAAAUGCAGAUAUCAGAUCAGCCGGCCUUCUUCCCACUUCGUGUCUUUGUUGGUCGGAUGGGGUCCGGAGACGGGGUGAUUCGUUCUGCCAAGCACCGGCAGGAGCUCGCCGAAAGGGGCGUCAUCGGUGUGGAGAUGGAAGGGGCAGGCGUUUGGGAUCAGUUGCCUUGUAUUGUGAUCAAGGGUGUAUGUGAUUAUGCUGACAGCCACAAAAACAAGGGGUGGCAGGACUAUGCUGCCGCGACGGCUGUUUCGGUAGCCAAGGCAGUCCUGGAACAUUGCGUGACACCAAUGGUGACUGGAAGGGAUCCUUCGUCUUAUGGUUCAGGAUCAGGUCACCAUGCUGUGAUUCACGGAACGGUCUCAACCAUUUUGUCAAGGACGAGUGUCUCCCAUCGGUCAGUUACAUACAUACCUCUGACAAUGGAUGCAGUCAACUACCGCACCACCUGA